ACCUCCUGGGCUCAAGCAGUCCUCCCACCCCAGCCUCUGAGUCGCUGGGACUACAAGUGCAUGCUGCCACGCCAGAGGCUGAGGGGAUCUGGCGGUGGAGCGCUAGGAUCAGACGCCCCCGCAAUGACCAGCUCCCCUGUCUCCAGAGUCGUGUACAACGGCAAGAGGACCAGCAGCCCCCGCUCCCCACCCAGCAGCAGCGAGAUCUUCACCCCAGCCCACGAGGAGAACGUCCGCUUCAUUUACGAAGCCUGGCAGGGCGUGGAGCGAGACCUGCGAAGCCAGGUGCCGGGCGGCGAGCGGGGCCUGGUGGAGGAGUAUGUGGAGAAGGUCCCUAAUCCCAGCCUGAAGACCUUCAAGCCCAUCGACCUGAGUGACCUGAAGCGCCGGAGCACGCAGGAUGCCAAGAAGUCCUAGAGCGCCCAGCGCCCCUCCCCGGCCUCUGGAAGAUCAGGGUGUGAGGUGUCGGCUCCCUCCUGUCCUGUGGCCCUGCUCCUGGGAUGGGGGUGUCUUGCUCCAGCGGGCUGCAGACCCCAGCACGGGUGUGACUGACGGCUGAGGCCUGCCUCUCCUUCCCAAAUCCCCUCCUUCCUCUUUGGGGGUCUCAGGCUGCCCCCAUCAGGGAGUCUGGGCCCUCCCCACCCUCCUGCCCUCCCCCAGCCACCUGGCUGCGUUUUUGAAGCUGCCUGGCCCCCAGGGACCCUGACCUGCCCUCUUUCCUCUCCGCUCACCCUCCUGUCCUUGGCCACUGCAGAAUCAGGAGGGGAGAAGAAGGAGCCUCUGCCGCCUCCCGGGCUGCUGGGACUGGGCUGGUUUUGUCCUUGAAAUGGCCAGGAUACAGGACAAGGGCAGCCGCACCCCAUCCAGCCUGGGACCCCCCAGACCCGUGCUGCUCCUGUGGCCUGGAUGCGCUGGGGAGCUCCUCACACCUCCCUACUGUCCAGCCUGCCUCCCUGAAUCGGCUUCAAGAUGGGCCAAGGCCCAGCAGCCCGGCCUCCUGGGGUCUGGUCAUAGUGGCCCCAUGGCAGGGGCGCCAGGGCUGACCCUGAGGUGCUGCUGCUGGGUCUGUCUGGGCUCUGGGGUGUGCUGGGAGGGUCACCAGGUCCCUUUUUCUUCCUGUGCCCUCUGAAAGCCAAGUGUCCGUGUGGCUGUGGAGCUCCAGGACCUGUUAAUAAAGGCAGUGGCACUGGG